UUCAAUUAGUUGCGUACAACACGUCGUAUGGAUUGAAAGUUCUGGAAACCUUAAAAGUUCUUCUAUGAAUGAAACAAACGCGAUGGAUCCAGGGUACUUUGAUAUACCUAGAGAGGAACACCCUUAUGUGAAAGCUAAUGUAUUUUCCAAACUAAGCUUUUGGUACACAAGGCCUCUCUUUAUAAAGGGACGAAAUGGAGAUCUCAGCAUGUCAGAUGUAUACAGAUGUCUGCCGGAUCAUCGCGGCGUACUACAGGGAGAUUCGUUGGGCGCCAUCUGGAGACGAGAGGUGGAUAGCAAAGGAACAAACAAGAAACCCUCAUUGCUACGGGCAAUCAUGAAGCUACAUGGUUUCAAAUAUUUCAUAGUUAAUCUUAUGUAUUCAAUACUGGACUCCUCGAUCAGGCUAUCCACACCAUGGUGUCUCGAAGGCCUGAUAAAAUACUUUUCUGUGACCAACUCCGGGGUCGACACGUACGAGGCCUAUCUGUACGCGGCCGGCGUUGUCGGCUUCAUGUUGGUGGCGGCGGGCAUGAACCACUCGAUGAUAUUGUUCGCGGUAGAUAUUAGCACCAAGGUUCAGAUCGCAUGUUGCUCGUUAGUCUAUAGAAAGCUUCUCCGCCUCGACGUAUCAGCGGGGGGCGUGGCCUGCGAGGGUCUAGCCGGUCACGUGGUCAACCUGCAGACCACCGACAUCCAGAGGUUCCACCUGGCCAGCAUACAGGCGGUGGACAUGAUCCGAGCACCGCUGGAGAGCAUCGUCACAGUGUACCUCAUGUACAGAUAUAUUGGCGUCUCCACGUUUAUAGGAGUGGCGUUUCUGAUGCUGUUUAUACCUUUACAAGGGUACCUGGGCAAGCUGACGAGCCGGCUGCGUCGUCAGAUCGCCGCGCGCACUGACAACCGCAUCCGGCUCAUGAACGAGGUCAUACAGAGCAUAGAAACCAUCAAGAUGUACGUCUGGGAGAGUGCCUUCGCCGGCAUCGUCGGGAAGGCCAGAAAGAAGGAAAUGGGUUUCAUAAAGAAGAUGUCGUGGUUGCGAGCGGUGAUGAUAUCGUGCGUGAAGCUCAACACCAAAGUGGCCAUCUUCCUCAGCAUCAUCUCCUACAUCUCCUUUGGGAACGAACUCACCGCCGCCAAGGUGUUUGUCAUCUUCUCGUACUACGACAUACUGAAGAUGUCGCUAGUGGACAGCUUACCGCUGGGGAUAGCUUCCACCAUGGAGGCGCUGGUGGGCGUCAAGAGAGUACAGGAGUUCCUGCUGCUGCCCGAAGUGGACAACCAAGAUGGCGUCGACUUGCUGACUAUCGAUCCGGAGAGAGAAUCUAAGCGAGUCUUCGAGAAGAUCGGCAACGGAACGCAAACGUAUAUUCAGUCAGAAGCCGUUGAGCACAUGGAAACGAACGUGCUGGUGUCGUUCAAGCAGUUCACUGCACACUGGCGGACUGCUGACGAAAAAGCUGACAAAACUGUCGCCCUCAGUGACGUCAACUUAAAUAUUCUCCCAGGCACUCUAACGGUCGUGAUAGGCGCGGUGGGUUCGGGCAAGACGACGCUCCUGCACGCCAUACUUCGGGAGUUGCCUCUAACCGCCGGCUAUGUCGACAUCGCCUGCGUCACAUCAUACGCUGCCCAGGACCCCUGGAUCUUUGAAGGGACUGUCCGCCAGAACAUCCUGUUCGGUCAGGAGCUGGACCUGCGGCGCUACAAGGCGGUGGUGAAGUGCUGUCAGCUGCGGAGCGACCUGGAGUUGCUGCCGCACGGCGACCGCACGGUGGUGGGCGAGCGCGGCGCCUCGCUGUCGGGCGGCCAGCGCGCGCGCCUGUCGCUGGCGCGUUGCCUCUACCGCGCCGCCGACCUCUACCUGCUCGACGACCCGCUCGCCGCCGUCGACGCCAAGGUGGCGCAGGCGCUGUACGAGGAGUGCGUGCGUGGGUUCCUGCGCGACCGCGCGGUGGUGCUGGUCACACAUCACGUGCACUACGCGCGACAGGCUGACAAUAUCUGCGUGAUGAGAAAUGGGAGGGUAGCAGCACAAGGCACGUAUCAAGAAUUAAAGGACUCAGUGCCGGAACUUCACGUCGAGAGCAACGCGAUUGCAGAAGUUAAAGAGAAAGUUGAAUACGAGAGACAUGAGAGUAUGGAGCUCACACGCAGAAUUCACUCUCAAAGGUCCAUGUCAUCAGUGUCGCAACUGUCCUUCAGUAUGGACCUAGAGAAAACGGAACUCAAAUAUGAAGGUGAAACCCAAACAAAGGGUUCAGUAGAACGCGACACGUACGUCCAGUACAUACGCAGCGGCGGAGGCGCGUGCACGGUCGUUAUACUGUUGGCGUUGUUUGUCGUCGCGCAACUCUUCUACAGCGCCAGUGACGUGUGGCUUAAAGACUGGGUCAAUUUGGAAGAAUCCUACAGCAUGAAAUUGGCCAAUUCAAGCCUCCAAGAGAACAAUCAAACGGAAUCAGUCGAAUAUACCGAUAUAACGGCGAACAAGUUCGGUCUGUCGCGGUCGGCGUGCGUGUACGUGUACGCGGCGUUGAUCGGCGUGUGCGUGUUCUUCACGUGGAACAAGCUGCUGGUGUUCUACAACACCUGCAUCCGCGCCUCCGUCGCGCUGCACGACAACAUGUUCAGGGGCGUGACGAACGCGCCGAUGUGGUUCUUCCACCACAACCCGUCUGGCCGCAUCCUUAACCGGUUCUCCAAAGACAUGGGGCAGGUGGACUCGCUGCUACCCAUCGCGCUAGUAGACUGCUUUGGGUUCUUUUUAGAAAUAAUUGCCAUUCUUGUGGUAGUAUGCCUGGUGAACUGGUGGCUGGCGCUGCCGACGGCGGCGGUGUCUGUUCUGCUCUACCUCAUCAGGUCCUACUACAUCGGCACCAGCCGCGAACUGAAAAGGAUGGAGGCUAUAGCGAAGAGCCAAGUGCUGAACCACGCGAACAGCACGGUGUCCGGUUUAACUACUGUGAGGUCGUGCGGCAGCUUGCAGCGCACGCUGUGCCGCGAGCUGGACAAGCUGCAGGACUUGCACUCCGCCGCCUGGUUCCUCUACGUCUCCGCGAACAGGGCCUUCGGCUUCUGGAUGGACAUGAUCUGCUGCGUCUACCUCGCUGUUGUCACCUUCAGCUUCUUCCUGCUUGUUGGAGAAGAAUCCCUCGGCGGCGCGGUGGGCUUGGCGAUCACGCAAGCGAUCAGUCUGGUUAACAUUUGCCGGCUCGGCAUGAGACAGACCGCCGAGGUCGAGAACCAGAUGACAUCUGUGGAGAGAAUAUUGGAAUACGCUAAUCUACCGUCCGAAGAACCACUCGAACCCGAUAUGAAGGCGCUAAAGGAAAAUCAUCCUAAUUUAAACUUUGAAACGUGGCCAGAAAAAGGUGAAAUAGUUUUCGAGGACGUAUCGCUGGAGUACGAGAAGCCUCCUCGCAAGGACGCCUCCUCGGAGAAGGGCGCGGGGGAGGAGCCGGCGUACGCCAUCCGCGGCGUGCACUUCAGGGUGCUUGCGGGCGAGAAGGUGUGCGUGGUGGGGCGCACGGGCGCCGGCAAGAGCUCGCUCAUCGCCGCGCUGUUCGUGCUGGCGCGCACGCACGGGGGCGUGGCCGUGGAUGGCGUGCGCGCGCGCUCUGCGGGGCUGCGCGCGUGGCGGCGGCGGCUGUGCGCGCUGCCGCAGCGGCCCGCGCUGUUCGCCGGCACGCUGCGCGACAACCUCGACCCGAUGGGGGCGCGCACCGACGCCGAGCUGCACGCCGCGCUGCGGGAGGUGGGGCUCGGGGCCCUCGCGGGCGCCGCCGAGGGCCUGAGCUGGCGCGUGGGUGACGGCGGCGGCAACCUGUCCUCCGGCCAGCGCCAGCUGCUGUGUCUGGCGCGCGCCGUGCUGGCCCGCCCGCGCGUGCUCGUGCUGGACGAGGCCACGGCCAACGUGGACGGCGAGACGGACAAGGCGAUCCAGGCGUCGAUCCGCACCAAGUUCGCCGCGUCCACCGUGCUCACCAUCGCGCACCGCCUGCACACCGUCAUGGACUACGACAGAGUCAUCGUCAUGGACAAAGGUCGUGUAGCAGAAACUGGCCACCCGUAUGAACUGCUGACAAAAACCCGUUCCGACUGUACCCCUAUUAAAAGAUCAUUUAAACGUCAGAUAUCUCAAACGAUACCAGAACAUUUCGCGAGUAGUAACGAUAUGGAGGAAACUUGCCGGUUGGCGGAGGGCGCGGGUAUAUUCAAGUCCCUCGUAGAGCAGGCCGGGCCGGAGACUGCCGCAACGCUGUUCGAAAUGGCGAAAGAGAGUUACAGAACAAUGGAAGCUAUGAAAGCAGACCAGGCGGAUAAAACCAAAGUAUAAGUAAACAUGUAAUUACAGGCUCAACGUGACAAAACGGAUUAACUUUCCCUUCCUCGAAACGUGCCAUUAAUUAUAUUGUUUAAUUAAUCUGGAAUAGAUAUUAUGUAUUAC